AUGCCUCCCAGAGAUAGGAGAGGCCACUCAGAACUACAGAAGAGCAAUGUGAAUUCCAAGGAGCUGGUUAAUGCAUUGGGAAUGAAGAAGAUGAGCAACAUUUAUGAGUCGGCUGCCAAUACGCUGGGAAUCUUUAACAGCCCCUGCCUCACCAAAGUUGAGCUGCGUGUGGCGUGCAAAGGCAUUUCCGACAGAGAUGCUCUUUCCAAACCAGACCCCUGUGUCAUCCUCAAAAUGCAGUCCCACGGGCAGUGGUUUGAGGAGUUGGGGGAGGGAGGCUUGGAACCUAGGGGGCAGACCCCAAGCUAUGGGACUGCCCCCAUCACUUCAUCCCUGCACGUGGACACCUAUGUGAGGAGGGUUGAGGCAGGCCUCAGCGAGUCCACCUUCACAGCGCUGGCUGCCCUAAUCCUCAAUGGGUUUUCUCUUUCUCUCUCUUUGCAGGUUGACAGAACGGAGGUGAUUCGCACCUGCAUAAACCCAGUGUAUUCAAAACUGUUUACUGUGGACUUUUACUUUGAAGAGGUGCAGCGGCUGCGGUUUGAGGUCCAUGACAUCAGCAGCAACCACAAUGGGCUGAAGGAGGCCGACUUCCUGGGUGGCAUGGAGUGCACGCUUGGCCAGAUUGUUUCCCAGAGAAAGCUGUCCAAAUCUUUGUUGAAGCACGGGAACACGGCAGGGAAAUCCUCCAUCACGGUGAUUGCUGAAGAAUUAUCCGGCAACGAUGACUACGUUGAACUUGCAUUCAAUGCACGGAAAUUGGAUGACAAGGAUUUCUUCAGUAAAUCUGACCCAUUUCUGGAAAUUUUUCGUAUGAAUGAUGAUGCAACUCAGCAGCUCGUGCACCGAACUGAGGUUGUGAUGAAUAACUUAAGCCCAGCCUGGAAAUCAUUCAAAGUAUCAGUAAAUUCUCUAUGCAGUGGAGAUCCAGACCGCCGACUGAAGUGCAUAGUAUGGGACUGGGACUCUAAUGGCAAACACGACUUCAUUGGAGAAUUCACCUCAACAUUCAAGGAGAUGAGAGGAGCAAUGGAAGGGAAACAGGUGCAGUGGGAGUGCAUCAACCCCAAGUACAAAGCCAAGAAGAAGAAUUACAAGAACUCAGGCAUUGUGAUUUUGAAUCAGUGCAAGAUCCACAAGAUGCAUUCUUUCUUGGAUUACAUCAUGGGUGGCUGCCAAAUCCAGUUUACAGUAGCAAUAGAUUUCACUGCCUCAAAUGGGGACCCCAGGAACAGCUGUUCCCUGCACUACAUCCACCCUUACCAACCCAAUGAGUACCUGAAGGCCUUGGUGGCUGUGGGGGAGAUUUGCCAAGACUACGACAGUGACAAAAUGUUCCCAGCCUUUGGGUUCGGUGCCAGGAUACCCCCAGAGUACACGGUCUCUCAUGACUUUGCAAUCAACUUUAAUGAAGACAACCCAGAAUGUGCAGGAAUUCAAGGAGUUGUGGAAGCCUAUCAGAGCUGCCUUCCGAAGCUCCAACUCUAUGGUCCCACCAACAUCGCCCCCAUCAUUCAGAAGGUUGCCAAGUCAGCAUCAGAGGAGACUAACACCAAGGAGGCGUCGCAAUACUUCAUCCUGCUGAUCCUGACCGACGGCGUCAUCACAGACAUGGCUGACACCCGGGAGGCUAUUGUCCACGCCUCCCACCUGCCCAUGUCGGUCAUCAUCGUGGGAGUGGGCAACGCUGACUUCAGUGACAUGCAGAUGCUGGACGGUGACGAUGGAAUUCUGAGGUCGCCCAAGGGAGAGCCUGUCCUUCGGGACAUCGUCCAGUUCGUACCCUUCAGGAACUUCAAACACGCAUCUCCAGCUGCCCUGGCAAAGAGCGUGUUGGCUGAAGUUCCAAACCAAGUCGUGGACUAUUACAAUGGCAAAGGGAUUAAGCCAAAAUGUUCAUCAGAAAUGUAUGAGUCUUCCCGGACACUAGCACCGUGAACUCCACGCACUUUUACAGAGUUCUGAAAUACUAUUCCUGCUAAUAUUUAAUACUUCUACUACUCCUGUACUUAAAAAACACACGCACAUACACAUUCAAAAAUAGCACGUUUUGGUGAUUUUUAACUAACCGACAGUUUUUUUUUGCAUGUGUAGCCCUGAGGCCUGGAUCUAUUAAGCCCGCAUAUUGUUAAAGACUUUUUACAAAGAAACACAGAUAAUGAUAACUUAUUCUUUACAGCAUGUCGCCUUGAAAUAAAAUGGUAUCUGUAUCUGUUUUUUAUACAGGUUUGUUGAAAUUUUGCUAAAUUUCUUAUUAUCUUUACACUGUAAAGCAUUUUGAAACAUUUAUUGAAUGUUGAUAGCCAAAACAUAUUUGGUUUUAUCUGCUACAGGAUGAGAGACUUUUCAAAAUGGCAGAUGCAUGGACUGUAUUUUGCAUGUUUAAAAUAAAAAAAAACAACAACACACUGUUUUUGCAGUUGUUAUCUCUAGUUCCUCCCUGCUGGGAAUGGUCUCUCUGAUGAAGAGGUUUGUCACCUAGAGGUAGUCUUCAAGUGGGUCUGGGGCACCGAGCCCAGUAUCUCUAGAUUUUACUGUGCACGCAAACCACAUGAGGAGCUUGUUAAAAUUCAGACUGUGAUGCAAUAGGUCUGCGUGGGCCCACGAUUCUGCAGCUCUAACAAGCUGCCAGGUGGGGCCAGUGCAGUCCUCAGGCCACACUAAGAGCACCGAGCUUCUAGACUUCAGGGUGUGAGUGUAGAGACCACCCGAGGCAGGGCCGCACCUAGUCUGCUUGAGAAUGGCGCCUCUUCCCUGCCAGUAGCACAAGCUCCUGCCGGUCUCCGAGGUGGGAGUAGAAAGUAAUGAGACUGAUUCCAGAAGCUGCACACCCCCAUCAGUCUCACUGCUUUAUAGUCACACCUCCUCCUUAAACAGACUAGGGAGAGCUCCUGGGCCGGCCCCUGCCCUCUAUAAGGAGGCGCCACACACACCAGUGCGUGGAUGGUUCCGUGUUGAUUCAGUGGAACCACCACAAUGGAAACUUGUCCAUGGCAAAUGGCCGGGCAGUAUGGCUCCCCAGAAAUGAGGCCCACCAAGCUGACCUUUAAGCUUAGUGUAGGGCUUCUUUUUGCCUUUUUUACCACUCCUGAGAGCAAACUCGACGAGCAGAAAUGCCUGGAAUCAUUGUCUUGAGUGGAGGUGUUUUGUUUCAACCUAAACUGGCCAGUCUUGAAGCAAAAGAAUGCCUGUUUCCUGUAUAAUCUUCUUGCAGAGAAAUGGACAAGUGUUUUGCAGGCAUAAAAAGCACAAGGCGGAAUUUAUUUUUGAUCAGAAAGAUGGGGAAGUAAAUCACAAGGCAAAAUAGAACUGUUUGUUGUUUAUUUGUUGAGGGGGGAAAUGUUAACAAGCAACUCAAAUGCCUUGUAUGAUUUCCAGUGUUAUAAUUAUAGAUCCUAACCUUGCAAAUACAUGUCAGCCAAAUGCACAACAUUUUGGGAAUGAUGGUAAAAAUGUAUGACUGAAAAAAAUCAUAAAUAUUUAAACUGUAUUGUUUUAUGAAUAAAUUGGGUACUUACAGAA